AUGCUGGACGGACUAAAGAUGGAAGAGAACUUUCAGAGCGCGAUCGAGACUUCGGCCUCCUUUUCCUCGCUGCUGGGGAGAGCCGUGAAUCCCAAGUCGGUUUGUGAGGGCUGUCAGCGGGUCAUUUCGGACAGAUUUCUGCUACGACUCAAUGACAGCUUCUGGCAUGAACAGUGUGUUCAGUGCGCCUCUUGCAAAGAGCCCCUGGAGACCACCUGCUUCUACAGAGACAAGAAACUCUACUGCAAAUACGACUAUGAGAAGUUGUUUGCUGUCAAAUGUGGCGGUUGUUUUGAGGCCAUUGCGCCUAAUGAAUUUGUCAUGAGGGCUCAGAAAAGUGUUUACCACCUGAGCUGCUUCUGCUGCUGCGUCUGUGAGCGUCAACUCCAAAAGGGUGAUGAGUUUGUUCUGAAAGAGGGACAGCUGCUCUGUAAGGGUGACUAUGAGAAGGAGCGAGAGCUGCUCAGCCUAGUGAGUCCAGUGGCUUCAGACUCCGGGAAGAGUGAUGAUGAAGAUAGCCUUUGCAAGGCAGGCCAUGGGACAGGAAAAGGGGCUGCUGAGGAUGGCAAGGACCACAAGCGCCCCAAACGCCCCAGGACCAUCCUGACUACUCAGCAGCGCAGAGCAUUUAAGGCCUCAUUUGAAGUCUCCUCCAAGCCAUGCAGGAAGGUAAGAGAGACUUUGGCUGCUGAGACAGGGUUGAGUGUUCGUGUUGUUCAAGUUUGGUUCCAAAAUCAGAGAGCUAAGAUGAAGAAGUUGGCAAGGCGACAGCAGCAGCAACAGCAAGAUCAGCAGAACACACAGAGGCUGAGUACAGCUCAGACAAAUGGUGGAGGAAAUACUGGAAUGGAAGGGAUCAUGAAUCCCUAUACUGCACUUCCAACCCCACAGCAGCUCUUGGCCAUUGAACAGAGUGUGUACAACUCAGAUCCCUUUCGACAAGGGCUCACCCCACCUCAGAUGCCUGGAGAUCACAUGCACCCUUAUGGUGCAGAGCCCCUUUUCCAUGAUCUAGAUAGUGAUGACACUUCUCUCAGUAACCUGGGUGACUGUUUCCUAGCAACCUCUGAAGCUGGACCCCUGCAGUCCCGGGUGGGGAACCCCAUCGACCACCUGUAUUCCAUGCAGAAUUCUUAUUUCACUUCUUGAAUCCACCCUUAGAAUCUAGUGACUAGGCUCCCAAGUGAAACAAGCAUAUUAA